AUGCACUUCUCCAGUUCCUCACUGGGAUGUCGGGACACAGCGCCCUCGCCGCGUCGUGGCGCCAUGAGACAGACUGCUGCGAGUGGGAAGGCAUCAUUUGCAAUGAGCAUGGGGCCAUCACGGAGGUCUCCCUGGCAUCUAGAGGACUCGAAGGGAGCAUCUCGCCGUGCCUUUGCCGACCUCACCAGCAUGCGGCGUGUCAACCUUUCGCACAACUCCUUCUCCAGUGGCCUUCCGAUGGAGCUCAUGUCCUCCGGAAGCAUCAUUGUCCUUGAUAUCAGCUUCAACCGUCUCAACGGACUGCUGCCUGAGGUGCCAUAUUUGUUUACCACCGAGCGGCCUCUGCAGGUACUCAACGUCUCAAGCAACCAGUUCAGCUCAGAAUUUCCAUCAGCCACAUGGAAGGUGAUGAAGAAUCUGAUCGCGCUCAACGCCAGCAAUAACAGCUUCACUGGGCACAUGCCGUCUUCUCUUUGCAUUGGCUCGCCAUCUUUGGCUUUGCUUGACCUCUGUCACAACCAAUUGAGUGGCAACAUUCCGAACACACUGGGUAAUUGCUCCAAGCUCAAAGUGCUCAAGGCUGGCAACAACCACCUAAGUGGGAUUCUCCCUGUUGAAAUCUUCCACGCAACCUCGCUGGAGUACCUCUCCUUCCCCAACAAUGGUUUGCAAGGAGAACUUGACGGAGCACACAUGGUCAAACUCAGUAAUCUAGCAACUCUUGACCUAGGAGGGAACCAGAUCAGUGGCAACAUCCCAGUCAAUAUAGAUCACUUCAAGAGGCUGGAGGAGCUACAUUUGGGUAGCAAUAACAUGUCUGGGGAGCUGCCAUCAUCUCUGGGCAACUGUACAAAUCUCAAAACCAUCGAUCUGAAGAUCAAUAACUUCAGUGGAGGGAAAGGUAAACUUCUCCGCCCUGCAGAAUCUAAGAAGUUUAGAUCUCAGGAGGAAUAA